UGGCCCCGGUCGCGUCCUCCUCCCCCAUCUACGGGAGUGAAGCAGUGUCCCAUCCGGUCCCCCCUCCCCCCAUCGUGCUCCCACCCCACAGUGGCCUCGCUGACCCCCUUCUCUCCGCUCUGCUUUACAGACUCGACCCACAGCGGCUCCGCCAAACUGAAGGGCACGUGGCCGUCGCGGAAGGAGCCGUCGCCCCGCGAGCUCCCGGCCAUCCCCUUCAUCUCCGCCGUCGCCCGCAAGAGGAAGAAGUGGCGUGAGGCCGAAUGCUUCGGCAGCAGCACCGACGACGACGCGGAGCACAGAGAAACGCGGGGCCGGGGGCAGGAGGAGGGCACGGCCACCGCACCGGGACCCGGCGGAACCCCACGCACCGGGAAGGAGAACGCCGUGGAAACCGGCGGUACCGGGCAGGAACCGGCAGCGGACGCCCGCUCCAUCGUGUCGGGGUAUUCCACCCUAUCCACCAUGGAGCGAAGUCUGAGCUCCGAGGUGCAGUCGGUGGCCGAAAGCCGAGGGGAGGAGGCGGAUGAUGAGCGCAGCGAGCUGAGCCACGCGGAGACGGACACGGAGAGCCGC